AUGACCCCCCACAUACUAAUCAUUGGCGGUGGCAUCAGCGGCCUCGCCUCAGCCAUCGCCCUCGUCCAGCAAUUCGCCUCGCACACCAACCCACCCCAAAUCACCGUCUACGAGCUGCGCGACGUACCCAGCACGCUCGGCGGCCCGGUCAACCUGACGCCCAAAGCGCUGCGCUGUCUCGACAUGCUGGGCGUGCUCGCCGAGCUCACACAGAUGCACGCCGGCUGCGAGGUCGACGCCAUCCAGAUAUUCUCUCUGCGGACGGGCCAGGAGCUCGCCACCAUCGACUACACGGGGCGCGAGGGGACGGGGUUUGGCGGGUACAAGGGGCGGCGGGUGAAGCGGUACGACCUGCUGCGGGCUCUGUUGCGGGUCGUGGAGCGGCUGGAGAGCGUGACGGUGCAGUAUGGGAAGAAAGUCACGCGUGUGGAAGAAGACAUCCAGGGGAAGAAGGUGCGCGUGCGGUUUGAGGAUGGGACGAGCGCGACAGGUGACAUCGUUCUCGGGUGUGAUGGGAUCCAUUCGGCGGUGCGGAGUGAGUUUGUCGAGCCGGAGCGCGUGCCGUCGUACUCGGGGAUUGUGUCGGCGUAUGGAUUCGUCGAGGCGAAAACUGUGCUGGGGGCGCAGGGCACGCCGUUCUUCAAGGAUACGGCGCUGGCCAUGUCGCGGUACGGGUCGACGCUAGCGACAUUCUGCGACUAUGACCGGGAACUGAUCUAUGUCGUGUUGCUGAUGCCUGCAGAGGCGCAGCUGUCUCGUGAGGGAUGGAAGUCCAUGGGUCACGACCAGGAGAUGGUGCGGACUGAGGGCCUUCGUAGAACGCAGGAGGCGGCGAUCCCGGAUCUUGUGGAGAUGAUCGAGGGGGUACAGGAUUGGACUCUGUAUCCAGUCUAUAUCCUCCCGCCGAACGGACGAUGGUUUACCGAUCGGGUCAUGCUACUUGGUGAUGCUGCGCAUGCAAUGCCACCAAAGGGCGAAAGCAUCGGACAUGCCCUCGAAGAUGCUGUCAAAUUCGCCCGUGUUCUGGGUCAUUAUGGGAUUGAGGAUCCCAUUCGGAGCUUUCGUGCAUAUGAAUCCGCGCAACGGAAGAAGAUUGAAGAUGCUUAUAAAGUGUCUUCCAACGGGUGGAUGUCGAAUCAUGAUUUGGGGGCCAUCAGAGCACGACUAUUCGAAUGGUUCACGCCGGUGUUCUUAUGGUGGACACGAGGGCAGCAGGAGGAAGAUUUCCUCGCGGAUCCGGGUGAUAUUUCUUUCUCCGAGAGUGAUGAUGAAGUCGAAAACACCGCAAGGAACCCGUGA